CUUUCCCCUACCCGUCAGCUAGAGGCCCCCAGGAAUCUUACCAAAAACACAAGCCUCUCUGUCGGCGAAAGCCUCAACGACAAUGGCGCAGACAUCAAAUGUAGAAAAUUUAGCUCCCCACGUCAUCCGCGCCGUGCGUAAGGAGAUGAUGGAAUUAACAAAAAGUCCCCCUGAGGGCCUUAAAGUUCACCUGAAUGACGCUGACGUAACGGACAUUCAGGCUACACUUGACGGACCACAGGGCACACCGUUCGCUGGUGGGCAAUUCAAACUUCGCCUUGUUUUAGCUAAAAACCAUCCAGCAUCACCUCCUCGGGGUUACUUCCUCACGCGGAUAUUCCACCCAAAUGUCGCACCCGAUUCAGGACAGAUUUGUGUAAACACGCUCAAGAAGGAUUGGACGCCAGAUACGGGACUUCUUCGUAUUUUCCUAACGAUCAAAUGUCUUCUGAUCGUUCCCAACCCCGAGUCAGCGCUAAACGAGGAAGCAGGCCGACUUUUGCUCGACCACUAUUCUGAAUAUGAACAGAGAGCAAAAAUGAUGACCCAAAUACAUGCUCAACCCGUCCAGUCACAACGGGAUGAUCACUGUUCAGACACAACAAGUCAUAGUUGCGACGGCUCUCAGCCAACGAGCUCGAAAGCGAAAUUGCCCCUAGCAGCUCAGCAGGGUGAUGUUAGUAAAAAGCAAAUGAAGAUCAUCAAAGAGAAGAAGCGAGCUCUGAAACGACUUUAGGCCAAGCCAAGGCUACGAAAGCCUUUCAUCCGAAUGCCUAUCAGCCGUCUAUUCUAUUAGACAAUCGGACGAUGUGAAUGUUUGCCACCAACUUAGUCCGUCCGAUACCGUCACAGUCACGAAAUCGGUGAACAUUUGACUCAACAACAAAAGAGACUGUGGCAACAACAAUUAGAUCAAUUAUAUGGAAACAAGUCUCUCUUGAAAACAACAACAAUGACGACAAAAGCAACUCUUAUAACGGCUAUGGCGGCCUUUGCGGAUAUCAUUUCUUAUCAUGUGGAUAUAUAUAUAUAUACGAUGAAAUGGGGACUUGGUCUGCUUUGCGGUGAUUUUCAGCUGCAUAGUAGCAGCAAUGACACAAACUAGCGUUUCGCGCAGGUUUGAGAAAAAUUCGGAGCUGCUUUGGCUUCGAACAGAUGAGGGAAAGGCUACAGGCGCAACUAUUCUUAUUG